ACGUCCAAAAAGAAAAAUCCGAGAAAGCAGUCGGUUCCAAACAACAAUCCCUCCGAUCACCGGAGCCGAGAAGAUGUUGAAAGCGAAGACGCUAAUCCGACGGGUGGUGACGGGAAGGAAUAUGAAGGCAUCUCAUCAUACUUCAACAACGAAGGGAGAAAAGGAGAGUGUAACAAGUAGAAACAAAGAUUUAUCGAUAAGCAAAGAGAAGGUGGAUUGCGUGGUGAUAGGGGCCGGAGUAGUGGGCCUAGCUAUAGCCCAACAGCUAAGUGUGAAUCACGGCAGAGAUGUUUUGGUUGUGGAGGCUGCUUCUACUUUUGGGACUGGAACUAGUUCAAGAAACAGUGAAGUUGUCCACGCUGGCAUCUAUUACCCCACUAACUCCCUCAAGGCACGUUUUUGUGUAAGUGGGAGGAAAAUGCUUUAUGAUUACUGCAAAGAACGUGAGAUUCCUUAUAAGAAGAUUGGUAAGCUUAUAGUGGCCACCAGAUCUUCAGAAAUUCCAAAGUUAAAUGUUCUUAUGGAUCAAGGGUUACAAAAUGGAGUUGAUGGUCUGAAAAUGAUGGAGGGUAAUGAAGCUAAAAGAAUGGAGCCUGAAUUGCAAUGUGUGAAAGCUAUAUUGUCAUCCGCCUCGGGAAUUGUUGAUACUCAUUCCUUAAUGCUAUCUUUGUUGGGGGAGGCUGAAAGUCAUGGAACAACUUUCUCCUUUAAUACUACUGUAACUGGUGGUCAUCUUGAAGGGAAUCAUAUCCACCUUCAUAUUUCCGGAACCAAGGAUCUUGAAAACUGUGAUGGAAGAUCCUCAUUGCACCCAGACCUUAUGCUCAUUCCCAGGCUUGUAGUGAACGCUGCAGGCUUGAGUGCGCCACUCUUAGCAAAACGAUUCAGUGGCAUUAAUUGUGGAGCUAUUCCUGGUUCAUAUUAUGCUCGUGGCUCCUACUUCACUUUAACAAAUAUUAAAGCUCCUCCAUUCAAGCGAUUAAUUUAUCCUAUACCUGAGGAUGGUGGCCUUGGUGUUCAUGUUACUCUAGAUUUAAAUGGACAAGUCAAAUUUGGCCCCGACGUUGAAUGGAUAGAUGGUAUAGACGAUAUAUCAAGCUUUCUUAACAAGUUUAAUUACUCUGUAUGUGCCGACCGUGCAAAUCAGUUUUAUUCUGAGAUAUGGAAGUAUUAUCCUGACCUGAAGGAUGGAUCGCUGGAGCCUAGCUAUGCUGGAAUUCGGCCAAAACUUUCUGGUCCUGGACAUGGCUCUGUUGAUUUCGUCAUACAGGGAGAGGAGAUCCAUGGGAUACCUGGUCUUGUGAACCUAUUUGGAAUUGAAUCACCGGGAAUUACAUCAAGCAUGGCAAUUGCAGAGCACGUUGCUGCUAGAUUUUUGUAAUAAUCCAUUUCCGGUUAAAACUUCAGAUAUGUUGUAAAAUUGGCUAUAGUAAAGAUGGUACACCACUCACCACUGAAGUUUAGGCAUGAGGCAUUCACAUGUGGUUUUAAAUGCAUCGAAUUCAUAGAAUCA